ACUCGACUUGACAUUUACUUUUGAUGUUUGAUUGGAGACCAAAAAAUACAUAAUAUUAUUGUUUUAGAAAAUGGGCAUUUAAAUGCUGAUAAGUCCUUUGUCAUGGGAGAAAAAAGAUAUUUAGACCUUUGAAUAUAAUCACCUUUAACAAUGGGUGAUAAAGCGACACAGAAAGAAGUCCUCAAUGGAAGUUAUGGGGACCUCCCAGAAAUGGAGAACACGGUUGUUCGUGUGUUCUUUAGUUCAACUUUCACUGACAUGACAGUAGACAGGAAUUACUUGAUGAAGAACAGUGUACCAAGAAUUCGUCAAUACUGCUUGAAGAAAAAUUUAGAUUUCCAGAUAAUUGAUUAUCGGUGGGGAGUAAGAGAUGAAGCUUCCAUAGACCACAGCACCAAUGAUAUAGUAUUAGAAGAAGUAGAAAUAUGUAAACUAAUGUCUAGAGGACCAUACUUUGUUUUAUUUCUUGGUGACAAGUAUGGUUCUAGAUCAAUACCUAGAGAGAUUGAAGCUAAUGAGUACAAGAUACUGUACCGUACAGCUAUGAAGGUUGGCUGUGACACAGUCCUGAUGAAUCAGUGGUACAAACGUGAUGACAAUGCUGAACCUGCCGUGUAUUAUCUUCUACCAAUCACUGAUAUCCUACCAAACUAUAAUAAUGAUGAUCCAAAGAAAUCCACGGAGAGAGAAAAGGAAAGAAGGGAAUGGGAUAGCAUAAUUGAGAAAUUGACCCAGUAUUUAAGGAAGGCUGCUGAUCAGGCUUAUGAAGAAAAUCGUAUAACUAAAGAUCAAAGAUUGAAAUAUUUUUAUUCAGUGACUGAAGCAGAGGCAACUAAAGGCAUUAUAGAAAGUGAUUCCAUCAGAAACAGAGUGCUUGCUUACAUCAGAAACUUUGAGAAUAUAUAUAUACAAGACAAGAUUGCAAAAAGAUUUAUUGACUUAGUAAAAGACGACACUGCCAUAGACCAAGAAGCUAAAGAUUUACGAGAACGUCUAAAAAUAGCCAAAAUACAGCCUGUCCUUCUUCCAGAUGAGAUAAAGAAGGACACAUUGUAUUGGACUCCAAAUGGAGUAGACCCUGAAGAUCCUGAUCAUAUGGAGUAUCUUAUAAAUCUAGGGAAACAUUUUGAGGAAAACAUGAUCAAAAUGGUAGAUUAUACUCUGAAAAAGAAAAUUGGAAAUAGAGAAGAUGAUGAACUGUAUGAAGAAGUUCUGCAUCAUUUACAUUUUGGUCAGAAGAGAUUAGAAAGUUUUUGUGGACGCGAGGAAAUUCUUGAGGAAAUCAGACAGAGAAUGAUCACAGUUCAUGGUGGUCCAGAUGAUAGCAAUUUGUCACAGAAGGAAGAUGAGAGUAUGGAGUCGGAAGAUGAGAGUUUGGAGUCAGGUGGAAUGGAGGAUAUUGGUAAUGAUGAUACCCUGGAGAAUAAUAUAGAAAAUGAAGCAGAAAAUGACCAAGCUACAGAAAAAUCAGAUCCUUAUUUUGAAGAAGUGAAGAGUAAAAUAGCUCUUUAUAAAGAAAGAGGUAUCAUCUAUGCCAAUGGUGACAUGGACAGGGAUGUUGAUUCUGACCCAGAAAAGAACAUGAAACUAGAAAUGAUAAAGAAAUGCGAGCUGAAAGAGUACUCACAUCCUGUGAUUUUACAUGGAGAAUCUGGUUCGGGAAAAACAUCUAUCAUGGCAAAAGUUGCCAAGUUGUCAAAAGAAUGGUUUCCAGGGAGUUCUGUGAUUGUCAGAUUUCUGGGGACUUCUGGCAAUUCUUCGUCAUUAAAAGAUGUCUUAUGUAGUGUUCUCAGACAAAUACUCAAAAUAGUUAACAAGACUUUACCAUCAUUUGUAGACCUUGGAGGAGAUUUUCUCUACCUCACUCAACUCUUUGAAUCAAUGCUCAACAACUAUGACCCCUCACAAACAUUAGUGAUUCUCCUGGACUCAAUUGACCAGCUGAGGAGCCAUGAUCGUGCUCAUCUAAUGAAUUGGCUUCCUCUCAAACUUCCAACAAACAUUCAUUUAAUAGUAUCUAUGUUACCAGAAACUAAUGGAUGCCUACAAAACAUUCGUAAUAGAUUAAUUAUUGAGCCGCAGUUUAUAGAAAUACCUGUACUUUCAAUGAAUACUUCAGAUGAUGUGAUAACAAAAAUUUGUCAGCUAAAUAAAAGAAGAUUGACAAAACCUCAACAUCGACAUUUAAUGGAAUUGUUUGUAAAGUGUGCUAGACCACUAUAUGUGAAGCUCCUGGCAGACAGAGCUAUACUAUGGAGGUCAGGAACAGAUGUAAGGGAUUUUAAAGUGGGACCAAAUGUUCAAGCAGCCAUUGAUAUGUUCUUUGAUUAUCUGGAGAAGAAAAAUGGCACUGAAGUUGUAGAAAAAACUUUUGGGUUUUUGAGUGCAUCACAUGAGGGAUUGAGUCACACAGAACUAGAAGACCUACUUUCAUUGGACGAUGAGACCCUACAGGACACAUAUCUCUAUCACUUACCCCCUGAUCCAGACAAUAUCAGGAUUCCUCCCUCCGUUAUUUCUCUACUCAUGAAAGAUACUAAAGAUUACAUGGCAUUUCAAAAAUCUGGAGGCAAGAAAGUAGUAGGAUGGUACCAUAGACAGUUCAUUGAGGUUGCUAAGAGACGUUACUUGACAGGUAAAGAAGGGAAGAAUAUGUGUCAGUUAUUAGUGGAAUACUUCAGAGGAACGUGGUACAACAAACCUAAACCGUUAGAACUGUACAAAAAGAAGAAAGCCUCCUACCCAGAGUCUAAGAGAGGGGUACCAGAUCAACCAAUCUAUUUCCAUAGGGAAUGCUGUAAUGUUAGAAAGCUGAUUGAAUUGCCUUACCAAAUGAUUAAAUGUCAUUUAUUUAAAGAUUUCCAUGAUGAGAUAGCAUGUAGAUUUGAAUGGCUGUAUGCCAAAUGUAAGUUUGUAUCCGUAUCAGCUGUUAUAGAAGAUCUAAGGAUGGCCCUGACAGAGAUGGAUGCCGAUGGUAAUAUUGAUGAUGUUGAAUCCUACAAUGAUAUAAAGAUUGUUAAACAGAUGUUGUCAUUAGGCAGUGAUAGUAUCAGGAAAGACAGCUCUAAUUUAGCUUUACAGAUUCUAGGUCAGCUGGGUCUUGGCAAUACUGGUAGUGAGUUCAUAAAGAAACUUGUGACAGAAACCAAGGAAUGGUCAGAGACUUGUGAUAUAUCUCUGUUACUGCCGUUAUCCCAGUGUCUCCCUCCUCCUGAUGGCUAUAUCAAAACUAUGAUUGAUGCCCAAGUAUGGCACACUGGAGGUGAAUAUGGUCAAGAUUUCAGUCGAGUGAUGCAUCUACAGGAACACAACAAUAUUCUGGUCGUGUUAGAGGCUGUAAAAGAUCAUAAACAUGAUUAUCUCUCCGUUUACGAUAUGAACGACAAUGGAUCAGCCGCAUUCUCUGAGAAGUUAAAAGUCAAGGGAACAACAUCUGUAUACCACCCUGUGAUGAAUGAUAAGUUUCUCAUACUUGGACAUGACAAAUCCUCUGGAUCAAGUGGCCAUGACCAAUUAGUGAAAACGGAGACUUUUGCUGUGGUCAACAUUCCAAGUAGAUCAGAAUGUGUGGCUGUGUCAGAUAAAUAUGUUGUUUAUUCCAGCUUAACCCAGAUAAAUGUAUGUACCAUUGGACAAAACAUUACAGCCAUGUCAGUGACGAGGUCUGUACAGUUAGAGGUCAAGCCAGAUUACCUAGUUAUCUCCCCUGAUAAUCUAUAUCUUGUUGUUUUCUCUGAAAAAUCAUUGUUAGUGUUAAAUAUGGAGACCCUAGAAACACUACACACUUCAACAACUGAAGGAUUUUCCUUUGGAUCAAGCAAACUUCCACAUCAUGCAUUAGUUCAUAUUUUGUCAACCAAUAAGAUGUUGUACAGAGGAUUGGGAUAUACAGAUGGAAAAUUCAUAAACAUGUUGGACCUGGCUACAGGGGAAAAGGACUAUUCUGUACAACACUGGGAACAUUACACAGCAGAUAUUGUAUCAAUUCAUCCAUCAGAGAAAUACUUUGCCGUUGGCCUUGGAAGUACUGCGGUCACAAAUGGGGACAAUGAUAAGAGAUGGUACAUUCACAGGAUAGGAGAUGGGCAACAAGUGUCAGAAUGUACAACAGAAUUCUGUGGUCGCUAUGGUGUCACAUGCUUGAAACUCUUUGGCACAGAUCAAAUCUUUGCUGUUACUGCCUUAGAAUUUACAACAUUGAAUGAAAUUUAUAUAUUUUAUGCUGGUACCGUAGACGAUCCAUUAUCAGAAGUGGUUCCCUGUCAGUCUUUGAAGGGUCACAGUAUGGAGAUCAUGCAGGUGAUACUGAGUAAAGAUGAGUCUACAUUGUAUUCAGCCUCACAAGAUUGUACCAUUAGAGUAUGGGAUGUUAGCAGGGUUGUUAAUGAGUUCUCAGAUACUUAUUUAAAGACUGGUAACCCGCUGGCUGCAGCAAAUGCUACUGAAGACUUCAGGAAAGAUAUGAAAACUUUCUCUACAACAGCUGUAAAAAUCACCAGUGACAUUAGAUCAGUGUUGGUAGGACGGUCAGAUGGUCAAUUCAUGGUAAAGGAUCUGAAUGAUGGGGAAAUUUUGUAUGAACAGAAGUAUGAGAAGACAAUCACUCACAUGCUGAUGUCAAAAAGUGGGGAAGAAAUUAUUAUAAUCACAGAAAUGGAUGACAUUAUUAUACUUGAUUCUCAGUCAUAUGAAUUGAAACACAAACUGUCAAGUAAUAUGGCUGUGAACUGUGCAGCAGAAGCUAACAGUAUUUUAGUGGUUGGAAAAGGUGGAAUGGAGGCUGAAGGGAAAGCAUUCAACAUUAAAAAUGGCUCUAUGGUUAAAGAGUUUUCACUUCUGUACUCACUGAGUCAGGUGGCCAUCAACUCUUCUGGUACUAAGAUUGUGAGUACAAUGUUUGAUUUCCCCUUGAUUGUACCUCUGACUUGUGAAGAUGAGACCGAUUCUGCCAUGGAGGAUAUGAUGCAGAACAAUGACACAAUGAUGAGUGGCAGUUCUGCUGUAGACAUCAGUCCUGAUGACCAAUACGCCUUCUCUGCGUCCACUGAUGGAGGUAUUAGAGUGGUCAAAAUGUCAGGACAGUACUUCAUGAGAUUUGAUCAGAAGUCGUCUGCUGUUGCAGCUUUAUUUUCUCCUGAUAGUAAAUGCAUUGUUUCAUGUGGGUUUAAAACUAUAUAUGUCUGGUCUUUAGCAGACGGCACAUUAAGUUACAAAUUAAAAAAACAUGAUGGUUUUGUAAUCAGUUUGAAAUUUGAUCUUACAGGAAAGUAUCUUUUGACAUCUUCAAGAGAUAAGAAAUUAGUCAUGUGGGACUUUAGGCGUGGAAUCUCAUUGGCUACUUUUGUGGCCCAUUGCCAACUGCCAUUGGUUGAUUUGUCAUCUGAUGCGAAACAUCUAGUGUUUGUUCCAGAAGAUAUUGCUGACAUUGCUAUACUACGUUUGAAUAAAUUGUUAACCAGCAUAGUUGAUGGCACACAUAAAUUACAAAUAACACCUGCAUUGCUGGGUGUUCAGGCAGUGGCUCUGUCAUUCUCAAGCCAGAAAAUGAAACGAAGGGAGACAACUGGUAUAGGUUGUCAAAUUAUGUGAUCUCAUUGUACAGUCCACUUGUAUGUGGCCAUUGAACAAUUACAUCCUCUUGUAUUAUAAGAAUUUAUAUUAAUGUUUUUCUAACCUAAAAACCUCACUAUUGUUAUAGACUAUUUUUUUAUAUAAUACCUUGUGUAUUACUAACAUGAUUUGAACAAAAAGUAACUGCUCCCAUAAGUCAAAAACGAAUUGUUUUGAGAUUAAUUACAAUUACACAAGAACAGUACUUAUUGUUGUAGUUUUCAAGUGUCAUUACAUGAUUUAAAAAGUCUUACUAAUACAAAUGGUAGUCCUGUAAAACUUUAUCUUGAGCAUGUAGAGUGGAAUCAAUUUUAUUUGUUGGUUACCAAUUUUUGUGGAAAUUGUGGGUAAAUAUGAAUCAUGAAUUAAAAUACAACGAAUUUCAAUAUUUCUACAGACUUGUAUGCUGACUUCAGCUAACGAACAAAGUGAAAUAUCCACAAAAAUACUCAUUUUUCACAAUCCAUGAAAAUUGGUACUUUAGAAAAUAAAUGAAUCCACCUAUAUAUAUGAGGGGUCCUGAUCCCUAAAUCUCGGACUUAAAAACAGGAAAUCACGAGCUUAUAAAUAUGAAAUCCCGAGGUCCCGAAAUUUGAAAAAAGAAUUCCUGGAAAGGGUCAAUCCCGAAAUUCCGAGCUGAAAAAAACCUGAUCCCGGAGUCCCGAUAAAGGUCCCAUCCCCCCUCAUAUAUGCUAGAAUGCACAUUUGUUUCUUGAUGUUAUCUUCAGUUGAGAAAACUUUAAUUUUCACAGGAAAUUUCAAGAAAGAUAUCUUCUUACAUUUAAUUUUUGUUUUAAUUCAAAAGUGUUCAUUUCAUUUCCAGAGUAUAAUAUGUUGAGACUUGUUCUUUUUAUAAGGUAUACUGCCUUUGAAUGUGAUGCUACAGAACUUAAAUAUAUAUGGGUCUUUUUUUCACCAAAAAUGUUGGUUUAUACUAAAAUGAAACACAAGGAUGAUCAUUAAACAUGUAAGAGUCGAAUCUAUGUCCCCAUGCACACCUGUGUCCCUAUAUCAAAUCUGAUAAUCUUUGUGUUUAAUUUGUAUACUUCACUGAAAGCAAUUUUGGUUUUGCUUCAAUCAUAAGGGAGCAGGGUCGGUGGAAAGCCAUUUUUUUUGCAUUAAACAUGCUGACUUUUAUUUUGCCUAAGUGAAAUUUUUGGCCCUUGCUCCCUGCCCCCUAACCUCAAAUUCUGGUAAUAGACAGGACUUUUAAUUUUUGUACAUUUCCAGCAACGUUCUAGAUUGCAGACCAAAUGUUAUGUGUUCUGCUUUUUCUUUACAUUUCUAAAGGUUUUUUUCUGUUUACUAGUCAAUUAUUUUCUAUCUUUUUUACUUCCAUGCAAUAAGAGAUUAUUUUAUAUACAAUAAGAUGCAAUAUAUUGCAAUAAUUUUAUAUUAUUAUAUUUUUUAUAACACAUCUGUGAUAUUGAAAUUGAAUGCACACAAAUACUAACCUCUAAGGUCAUGUAAAAUGAAUUAUCUGGUUGUUUUUUUGGAUAAAUGAUUAUUUAACAUUAUUAAUUCUUAUUUUAGGAUGGAAAUGAGGAUUGUUACUCAUUAUCUUUGUCUUCAGAAUGUUUUGGAGAGAAAUUUUGUAUUUCAAAUUAAGAAAAAAUCCAAUUGACAGAAAAUGGUGUCUCAUUUAACAAAGAGAAUUUAAUUUCUGAGAACUGGAUAAUUUAUUUUAUAACACCUAACAUAAUUGUGAUAUUUGAUAGAGAAUUUUUACAUAGAUAGUAUAUUUUUUUGUAUGUUUUUGCCAAAGAAAUGGUUUUACUAUAAAGGAAGUAAAUUUUAACUUGUGCUUUUGUUUACGUUAGUUUAUGUGUUUGUAUGUAUUAUCAUGUAUGCUUUCACUGACUAAUAAAUUUCAGGAUAAAGGUACACAUACUUGCAGGAAAAUAAAUCUAAAGUAAAAAAAAAAAAAUUUGGUAAACAAUUUACUUACCAGUACUAAAAAUGUUGAAAGGCAAAAUCCAUUAUAAAUUUGAAGAGCAUUCAUUAUUGAAAAUGCCUUAUUAUUGUGCCUCAUCUAGCUAUUGUAUCAGGAAAUAUUUGUGCUAAGAUCUUCAAUAUGGCUUUUGAUAUAUUUUUAUUACAUCUUUGGAAUGGUGUUGAUAUAUUUUUACCAACAUGUUGACUGACAAUGCAAUACCCCCAAAGAGAGUCAAGGUUGUUAAUCACUCCCAUAGUACUAACAUGUCAACUAUAUUCUUUUUUAUCUAGCUUAAAAAAAAUAACAGAAUAUAUUUUUGUGUACCCUUAUACUUUUGUUGUUUUACAGUUUUCUAUAUUUUUAUUGUUUAUAUACAUGUUAAAUAAAUUUGUAUUUUGUUUGUUUAAAUUCUAAAUAAAUGUGUUGUUUAAAUU